CGAGGCAUUGUGGUCUACCUUGGAGACCAUAAAAAUUAUGGCGAUCACUGUUAAAGGGGUGAAUCUCCAGUGGAAUUUAUCCUCAGAAGAGAUCCUGAAACGAACUGAUGAGCUGAUCGAGAAAUCGAAGAAGGUUUACGAUGCUGUUGGUGCGUUAAACCCGGACGAUGUGACAUAUGAAAACUGUUUGAAGGCCUUGUCUGACGGCAAUGCUGAAUAUCAUACAGCAAAAUCAAACUUGGACUUUCCCCAGCAUGUUUCCACAGAUAAAGAGAUCAGAGCAGCCAGUACUGAGGCUGACAGAAAACUUUCUGAAUUUGAAGUGGAAGUCAGCAUGCGGAAGGAUGUCUUUGACAAUCUUGUAGCUUUACAGGAAAGACACAAGGAGCCACUGUCUCCUGAAGCUGAGCGUGUUUUGGAAAGGUUAAUAAAACUUGGAAAAAGAGAUGGUCUUCAUUUACCAGCCGAAGUUCAAACAGAAAUCAAAUCUAUUAAGACAAAGAUGAGUGGUCUAUGCAUUGACUUUAACAAAAACCUCAAUGAAGAGAACACAAUACUGGAAUUUACAAAAGCAGAGUUAGUUGGUUUGCCAGAUGAUUUUAUAAACAGCUUAGAAAAGACAGAUGCUGGCCUGCACAAAGUCACUCUAAAGUACCCCCAUUAUUUUCCAAUCAUGAGGAAGGCAUCCAAUCCACACACUAGGCAGAAAAUAGAAUAUGCAUUUAACAGGAGAUGUAUACAAGAGAACACUCCAAUUUUAGAAGAGCUUGUAGAACUGAGACAAAGGAUGGCAGAUCUUCUUGGUUAUCCAACACAUGCAAGCCACAUCACAGAGUUGCGGAUGGCUAAAACAGCAGAAGCAGUUUCUAGUUUCCUAUCAGAGUUGGGAAAAAAGUUACGACCCCUUGGUGAUGCUGAUUUAGCUGAAAUGCUUCAUUUGAAAGAGGCUGAGUGCAAAGAAUUAGGGCAUGAUUUUGAUGGAAAGAUCAACUACUGGGACAUGCGAUACUACAUGACCAUGGUAGAGGAAAAGAGUUACGCUGUGGACCAAAACAAAUUAAAGGAAUACUUCCCUCUUCAUGUAGUUACCAAGGGUCUGUUGGAAAUUUAUCAGGAACUUCUAGGAUUGUGUUUUGAAGAAAUUGAAGAUCCACAGGUGUGGAAUAAGGACAUACAGAUGUUCAGUGUCCAAGAUGCAGCAUCAUCAGAAAUUAUAGGAUAUUUCUACUUAGACUUAUUUCCAAGAGAAGGGAAGUUUGGUCACGCGGCUUGCUUUGGACUUCAGCCCGGAUGUUUACUGGCUGAUGGCAGUAGGCAGAUUUCGGUUGCAGCCAUGGUGGCCAACUUUACAAGACCAUCGGGCGACCAACCAUCACUACUGACGCAUCAAGAGGUGGAGACAUUUUUCCAUGAGUUUGGCCACGUGAUGCAUCAGCUAUGCGCAAAAGCGGAUUUUUCAAUUUUCAGUGGUACGAAUGUGGAAAGAGACUUUGUCGAAGCUCCUUCUCAGAUGUUGGAGAAUUGGUGCUGGGAAAAGAAACCUCUUCAUCGUAUGUCAGCCCAUUACAAAGAUUCCAGUUCAGUUCCAGACGAAAUGCUGGACAAACUCAUAGCCUCUCGCAAUGCGAAUACAGGCGUGUUUAAUUUAAGACAAGUUUUGUUGGCAACAUUUGAUCAAACAAUUCAUACUCAAGCUAAGGCAAACACUGCGGAGAUUUUCUCCAAGCUUUCAUCCGAGAUACUCCGUAUACCAUCUUCACCAGACACCAACAUGCCAGCCUCUUUUGGUCAUUUAGCUGGAGGAUACGAUGCACAGUACUAUGGAUAUCUGUGGAGCGAAGUUUUCUCAUCGGACAUGUUUUACACCAGGUUUAAGAAGGAAGGAAUCAUGAAUCCUUCUGUUGGGCUCGAUUACAGGAAAUUCAUUCUUCAGCCUGGAGGAACUCUUGACGCCUCCGUCAUGCUGAAAAACUUUCUUGGUCGUGAACCCAACCAGGAAGCCUUCCUUGAGAGCAAAGGACUCAAGAAAUAGCAACAGUAUAACUUAUUAUUGGAAUUCAGUUUUUCAAAAUACUCGCACUAAAACCACAUGACUUUGUUGCCAGUGAGAAAGAAGACAUCAUUCCUACUUGAAACUUACCCACUCCAUCAAACGGGUGUUUAUCUUCUCUACCAUAAGCUAUCGUUACAUAAGAUCGGUGUACAAUUGUCUCUUUUAAGGCCAGUGUCUCUUAGUUUAAUUUGAAUUUUCAAUAUGAAAUUGUAUGUUAUUGAAUAAGGUUACAUAAUUUCGUGUUAAAAUUGUGUGAUACCAAAUGUUGUAGUUGACUUAAAUUCUGUAACUUAGUUCUUUCACGUAAUUUAAUUUCUAACUGAAAAUUCUAAUUUCAUUUAAAUCUCAAGCUGAUGUGUGUGAAGAAUAGGGAAAAUCUCAAUGUAACACCGUAUGACGGUGUAAGUUAAGGUGAAGUACG